GCAGCUUGUCUGUUCUGCCACAGUCUUGCCGUACAUAAACCUGCUCCGCGUCUUUGCAACACUGCACCUACUCACUAAUGUGGCAGAAUGGCUUCAGGAAAAAAUCACAAGGCUUGCGUGCAAAAUGAAUCCAAUUUCACUGAAUUGGCGUCUCUAGAAUACACUCCAGAAAUGCAUGUUAAAAUGUGUAAGAAGAUCGCUCAACUCACUAAGGUAAUAUAUGCCCUAAAUCAAAAAAAUGAUGAAUAUGAGGUCAGUAUUCAAGGCAUGAAAGAAGCCCAUAAAGAUGAAAUUGAUCUCCUUUCAACUGAGCCAAGGGGAAAAUGCCUCCAGUGUAAGACCAAAGUAGAAGAAGAAGAGACGUUACGAUUGAAAAUACAGAAUCUUGAAGAAGCCUUGGAAAAAGCCAAUAUGUUCCAGGAGCAAACUUUAGCCGAUUUUGCUAUGUACAAAAAACAAACAGAGGAAAGGGAGUUGAAAACCAAAUCUGAGCAUGAUGAAAGGGUAUCAGCCCUAUCCAAGGAGAUGCUCUCUCUGAAAAGUGACUUUGAAAAUCAGCUUCACAAACUGACAGAGGAGGCGGAUGGGCUGAGGAAGAUGUGUGAAGGGUACAAAAAUGAUAAACAAACUGAGCAAGUAAAUGGAAAGUUGGAUAAAGAAGUGCACAUUUUAAAUAAAGAGGUGGAGAGCCUUAAAACUCAGAACAAAAUUCUAACAGAGGAGUAUACGCGGAAAGUGAGCAAACUGCACAGCAGCUACAGCAGGGAGCGAGAGAACCUAAGGAAGGCCUUGCAGCAGUCUCUUACAGAGAUGAUCCAGCAACUGCAGCACAAGGAACAAGAACAGAAGAAAAGUCUUCAGGCCAAAGAGGAGGCCAUGCUACGGGAGGUAAAUCAGCUAAAGAGGGAUAUUGAGGCAAAAACACAGGAACAUUUACAGAUAAAGACGGAUUCUGAGAAGAUGAAAGAAAAGAUACAGGUCUUGGAAACACAACUGGAAGAAAAAAGACACAUUGUUAUGGAAUCCAAGGCCAAGCAAGCGCUGGUGGAGGAGGAACUCGCUGUUGCUAAAGAGAAACAUCUUUUGCAGGAGAACGAAAUCCAUAAUCUGAUAGAAAAGAUGAAGAUGAUGUCAAAUGAAAACACAUCUGUUAACAAACUAGCUGACUUAAAAAGUCAAUGUAAUGAACAAGAGCAGAAAACAACCAUCCAGACAUGUACAAAUGAGAAGGACAAUGAAGAUGUCUUGAAUUCACAACAGGAUGAAAGUUCUGAAAAUAAUGUAAAAUGGUUGAAUAAUGAACUGGAAUCAAAUAAAAUAGAAAUAUCCAGGUUAGAGAUGGAAAAUUCCGUCUUGAAGGAUUCAUUGGCACUUCUCAACAAAGACAUGUCAAUAUUAAAGCAAACGGCAUCAAGUUUAAAAGAAAGCAGAAUUUCUGAUGCACCAAAGCUAAAGCAGAAGAUGGAAUCAGAUGGCGUGACACAAAGUCAGCGACAGGAAAUCCAUUGCAUGGUGUCUAAUUUCAGCAAUGCUCAAACAUUACUUCAAACAAAGAUAGUUUCCUUAGAAGCCGAACUCAAAGAAAUGGAGGAAAAAUCACGGAAACAGCCUAGGCCAGAAGAUUUGAAGCUCAUACAUUGUUUGAAGGAUAAACUAGCCGAUCAAGACCAAGUCAUCAAACGCUUGUUGGUGAGAAUGGAACUGAAACAUUGUAACACUGAAGAAGAUACACUAAUACAUUCAGAAACACACAGGAGCCAGUCAUUUUCCUGUAACCCUAAUGCAGCAAGUUUAACGUCAACAGUAAAGAAAAAGAAAAUGUGCGAGAUACCAUCUCGUGUAAUCAGUGUUCCAAAUCUGGCUGCAUAUGAGAAAACCUUCACAAAUCGCAGUAUAAUUCCUGAGAAGGUAACCAAGACAUUAAGAAACUGUCCAAGAUUGGAUCCAAGUGUCAAACAUGGUUAUCCCUUCAAACCACCUGCACAACUCCUAGACAUCAUCCGUCCUAAUAGGAGAAACCAAGGCGACAUAUCAACAAAAUCAGAUGCAAAGGAUCAAGAAUCCAAGAAGCCAGAAUGGUUUACAAAAUAUUUUUCAUUCUGAGGAUAUCGGAAAACAUCUUUUUGAAUACUCAAUACUUCUCCACAGAUUUCUCACAGCUCGCACUGAUAUAUAGCCUUUUGCAAAUGUUUAAUAAUAAAAAUUGUCAUUAAUA